AAGCAGGGAUCUGAUCCCAACCACACACACACGGAUCUAAACAACCGAUAACCAUGAAGAUUGCUCUUUGCUGCGCUGUGGUGCUUGCCUGUCUUGCCUUGGCCUAUGGAGAGGAGUGCCAGAACGUCUCAGGUUGUACUCACGUGACCUGCCCGGAGAACGACUACACGCUCGAGUGCCACAACCGCCAGUGCACGUGCACACACACCACGGCCCAAUGCACCGCCGUUGGCGAUUGCAGCGGAAACCGAUGCGACCGUGACUGGCACUGCGUUGACGGUCGCUGCCGUUGCGGUUUCGGAUUCGGCGGCGGCCGAUAGAUGGCACCAUUCGUCUAAGCUUGUUAUAUUUAUGUUAGUCAAUACAUGAAUGUAUCAGGA